AAAACUGUUAGAUAGAUGAAUUCACCAGCUGUUCCCGUACAAGUAAAAUUGACUAAAACCGUCAUAAAAAUCAAAAUGAUUCCUUAAGAUUCAAAAGGAUUACAGUGAUGAUUUUUAGGUUUGUCUUACAACUUGCCUACACUUUACUUUACUUAAAAGGUAAGUAAAAUAACAUCUGAUCCAAAACAUGUAACAAUGUGUAACAACACAUUUGUUCCCCCAAAACAUAAAACAUCUGGAUUAGUAACCAAAACUCUUUUCUUAACUUAAUAAAGGGAUACAUAAAUCAGAAACAUGCCUAACUCCAAUUUAUUUUACAUUAUUUCUAAAAAAAAAUGUUCUUGACAUAAGAAAAGUUCCCAACUGAUUAAAUGCAGUCCAGUUGGAAGUCAUAUUUUUAGUAAUUUUUCAGCUUGACAUCAAGCUGCUGCAGUGAAAGACGAGUUCAGUUUUACAGCAGAAGCUCCUGUAAAACUGACUGUACAGAAAUGUUUCUCUUAUCUUUGAUUUAAAUAUGGCAAUGACUGCUUAAAAAAUGUAAUCUAAGUGCACCUAUUAAUAAUAGUUACUGAUAAUGGUGAGCAUUAUUUCUGAUUAAAAUACAGAUUGCUUCUUCUACAGUUCAAGACAGAUUUUGCUUUUGUUGCAUUUGCACUCUGCUUAUCGAUUCAAAGAAGAGAGGGCUUCAUUUGAAAAGGUGAAGUCAUGUCUUCCCAACUGAGGUAAUGCAUCUAAAUCAAACCUGGACACAUAUAUCCAAGUAUGUAAAGUGCAUUUCUCAGCUUUCAUCCUUACUUUUCUUUAUUCAAUAGAGAUCUUAGAUGUCAAACAAAGAUCUACGCUGCUUUGCAACCAGUAAGAGCGCUGCAGCCCAGAGGAACUGGGAAUAACGUUUUAAAUGAUCCCUGAUCGAGUUAAGAGGGAUCGUUUUCAUGUAACACUUUUGUAAUGAUAAUAUCGAAAGCUUAAGUAAUAAAGGAAUGAGUGAAAUCUGCCUCUUGUCAGCAUUUACGAUGAGAACCACUUGGGCGAUUGGAUGUCCUGCGAUCAAUGUAUUCUCUUCUCUUAUCAUUAAGACUGCUCUUAACAGAUUACAGCCCCCCUCCCAAAGAUGAAGUCUUUUUCUCCUCCUCUCUCUCUCUGCUCCUCCUUCUGAAACACACACACAGCCUUUUCACUAGCUACAACAGGAGACUUGUCCCUCUUGCCCCGUUUUGUAAAAUAAAUCACUUUUUGCCUUUUAAUUUCAACCUUUUCAGAACUUUUUUUUCCACACAUUUGCGGAAUUUAGAUGGACUUCCUGGAUUUGUUUGAACCGAUUUAACGGCCUGACAGAUGAACAGAAAUGAAAAGGACGAAACUUCAGUUGAAGUUCUGGUAGAAAACUGAAGACAGUAAAUGAAGAUGGACCUGGUGAUAAUUGUCUUUUUUCUCCUGCUCUUUUGUGUUCAUCCAUCUGCAGCAGUGAGCGUCAUUACAGCAGACAUAUUUGAAGCGAGAGGCCAAAGAGUGUGCAAGACAGGAAAAGGGAGACCUUGUUACAAACUGGCCUAUUUCUCAGAGCUGCGCUGGAAGUUGAACUUUGAGGAGGCAGAGAGCGCUUGCAAACGAGACGGAGGCCAGCUGCUGAGCAUCGAGUCUGCGUCCGAGCAGGAGGUCGUAGAGCAGCUCAUCAGAGAUCUUCGUCCCACGGAUGGAGACUUCUGGAUAGGUCUCCGGCGUAGACCGGGACAUGAGGACAGCAGCUCGGACUGCUCGUCUCAGUACUACUGGCUGGACGGGAGUAAAUCCUCGUUCAGGAACUGGCACAUUGAUGAGCCGUCGUGCGGCUAUGAGGUGUGUGUGGUGAUGUACCACCAACCGUCGGCUCCAGCCGGUCACGGUGGGCUCUACAUGUUCCAGUGGAACGAUGACAACUGCGAAACCAAGAACAAUUUUAUCUGCAAAUACUCAGGAGAAAAGCCAAUAUCAUCCACUCUGUCUCCCAACUCCAGUCAGAAAGAUGUCUCCCUUCCAUCUGCACUCCCAUGGGAUCCAAGUGACAACAACCAGGAAAGAAGAACAGCCAUGAAUUUAGUUUACGUCAUCAUCCCCACAAUCCCACUAAUCCUGCUGCUUCUGACAGUGAUGGGAGUUUGCUGCUUCAAAGUGCUGCUCAGACGAAGGAGGAACGUACAGAAAUCAGAAGUAUGCCAAACAGAACCCAGUCCAACUACUACAGACGUCUACAACGUCAUCCGCUCCCAGAAGGAUGAUGACCUGGUUUCUGCUCGCCCACAAACAAAGAACACCUCCUUUUUGUGCUCCUCUCCGGACACGCCGACAGGCGACUAUGACAACCUUGGUGGAAGGGACACAGAAAGCGGCUUCGUAACCCUUGCCAGCACAGAGAGCGACUUCCUGAACUUUGACCUCAACGACCUCAGCCUCGGGCGUCGGGGCACCCGUGACUUCUACGACAGCAGCUUGGGUCGCUCGGCUAAGAGGGUGCUGAACGACGGCAGUCUGGGUCGCACCAAAAACAGGGAGUAUUACGACAGAAGCCUGGGCCGCCGCACCACAAAGAGCGAGCAUUACAGCGGCACUGUGUAUGGAGAUCACGGCCUAUUUGACAGCAGCAUCAGAGCAGGCACUGACUUGUAUGACACCAGACUUAAAGCUGGAGGUCAAACGGGAAAGGUUGACCUCUACCAGACGUACGUUACCAGCGGCAGGCACGAGGUGUUUCAAACCAGUCUGGGAACAUAUGCAAACCGGAAGUCCUUCCACACAAACCUGGACUGCUACAGAAAUGGCCUGAAUCUUGACAGUGGAGGGAGGUACUUCAAUGAACAGGAAUGGAUAAAAAGAGAGAGAUACUGAUUUUUCACUCGAGUCUGCUCACACCACUGUAAGAGCGACUGAACAGGGAUAAAAGAAUGGAUAAAAUUUGUGCAUGUGCAAGACCUAAUUGUUUUUGUUUUUUUUUUAAUCUAAGGUUGAAAAUAGUACUUUUGUUUCUACUCCAACCCUUACUUUGUUAGUUGUAUGGAUAUUGAAGUUUGGUCAUUUCAGUCAGACACAUUUAAAUAGUUAAAGCUUCGUGUAUUGCCAUGUAUCUUGGCAUAUCUGAUGCAUAAUUUUCAGGAUGAUGCAUACUUUAAGUCCUGUCGUGUGUGUCUGAUGAGAUUCACUUUUGCGUAGUGAUUUUGUAAUUUGAUGAAGAUUUAAAAUUCAACUUAAACCUGCAUCAGAAGAGAGUUUACAGUGCUGGGGAAACUAUUUGUCCCCUUUCAGGUUUGAUCAAUUUUUGUUUUAAAUUAGACAAAGAUAACCUGCGUAGCUAGAAAAUAAAAAAAAUGCCGUUUUAUCAUGGUGAGGUAAUUUAUAAAUAGAAAAAGCAACUCAAAUGAACACAGCGUUUUAUGAAAAGGUAGUAACCUCCACUUGUAAACUUAUGAAUCAACUGUGAUUUGCCACAGAUAUUGGCUGAAGUUAAAAUUUCCCAACGCAUGAUUAUUAAAGUAAAUUUUAGAGGAAACUCAAGUAGAACCUGUUUGACAACAUGAAGUAGGCUAAAAGAUCGUCUAUCAGUUUUAGAUCUUGAAAGGGCUACUAAGCUUUUUCUAAAGCAUUGGGACUCCAGCGAAUCCCAGUGAAAACCAUUAUCCACAAAUGAAGAAAAUAGUACAGUGGUGAACCAAGACUACUUCAAGAUUGCCUCAAUGGUUCUUCCAGGUCAUAAAAGAACCCACAACAGCAUUUAAAGCAGAAUCCUGAGACAAAAAACCCAGCAAUGCUGAUCAAACAGGACACAAGGCCAGUCGCAAGUUUGUCAAACAUACAUGAUAAUUUGAUCCUCAAGACUUCUGGGAAAAUAUGAAGUGGAUUAAAGAGAAAAUGUGCAACUAACGUCUAGCAUAAAACUGACAGUUAUUUUAUCAAAAUGACAUUUGGUGACACCCAAACAUGGUGUUGCUGUGUGAUAUUUUGUGGUUAUUUUUUCUACUUUAGGACCGAAAGGGGCAAAAUUCCUCCCCAGGAAUUUAGGUCAUUAUUUAAAAACUGCAUUUUGUAUUUAAUCUUGUCAUCUUUUUUCUGAAAUUAAAUUUCAUUCUAUUAAGAAAAACAGGUAAGAGUCAGAAAUGGUUAAAAGAGAAGACAUAAGAGGGGAAAUAGUUUUUCACAGAACCGAUUUGGGCUUUAAUUUAUGAAAGCCUAAAUCGUCAAAUAAUUAUCAUCUGAAAUGCGAAAGUAGUUGCCCAAUGCAAUCAGCAGCCAGAUGUGAGUGGAUCUUCACCAGUACAGUCAGCGCAUCUGCAUAACACAACAUGAGGGUUGUUUGAGUUUUAUUAGCAUCAAUUCUGUUAAAAUCUUUUAUUCUGUGCUGCCUUAGAGAUGAGAUUACAAGUGCUGCAGAAUGGGAUGCAUAAAACAGCAAUCCUAAUAUGUAUAAGCUUUGUAUGUUCCUUGCAACCUCAGCUGACCUCUUUUAGUUCAUUGGUCAUUUGGGGUUUAGAGAUUAAAAAGUCUGAGUGUGGAUCUCGUGACGCUGUAAUCCAUCUCUCCUCUCACUUUGAGAUUAGCUGCUCCUGUGCUGCAUAAUCUCAUCUCACUAAUAUGAAUAUAUGUCAGUUCUUGCUGGUAGAGAGUUUCUAAAAGAAACCAAUGCAUGGAAAAAGUAAAACAACUUAUUUGGACCCCUUUUCAAGUCUAUUUUCAGUUUGGUAAUGAUAUGAUGGAAUGCUAACCUGAUGAAGACUUAAUCAUAUCUCAGGGCCUGUCUAUCUGAUCCAUUCACAUCAAGAGGGACAGCUCACCAAUUAAUACAAAAAGUG